AUGGCGGCAACGGCAAGCUAUGCACCAUCACGCCAUCCACCGCGACGACAGACUGCAAAGCAAGUCCGGCGAGACAUGCCGGGUACAGCAUGGAAACAUUACAUGCAGUCCUCGCAGCUACAUCGCAGCUCAGGCUCACAACAAGCGAGGAGGGCUGGUCCGGGCAGAUUCAGAGGGGCUCCAGCUGCAAAACCCAUGGAACCCAGGCACCCUGCCAGCCUAACGAAGAGUCCACCAACCCAGGAACCUUGCUCUGCUCGUGCAUGGUGUCAGAUGAAGGGAGAACGGGACUUUGUCUCUAGCAUGGUGCCUGACUAUCACCCCUGA